GUCCUGAGAAGGUGGUCCUCCUUGGAUUGAAAAACAGCUUCCAGGAGCAAAAAACGACUAGAAAAGUUUGGGAACUUCAUUAAUACUCUCAAACACGUAUUAAUCAGCCUGCUUACAACAAAUACUCUGUUGACAAGUUGCCAUCGAAGUCGGCGACGGGAUUUUGAGUGUUUUUAACGGGGGGCUGAAGUUGGGAAAGUGUGGGGUGAAAAUGGAGAGCCCAGCUGAGUGAGAGUGGGGUGAGGAGGCUGGAUUUGGCAGCAGCUGCUGCUAACAGGCUAAUUAGCAUGGUCACACACUUAUCCGCUUCACUCCUCCACCGCCAAAGAUUCUCCACGGUUGGCUGUUUGUGGCUAGACUGUUGCUGAUUUUGAAGCUUUUCCUAUUGGACCAGAGGACAAUUGAUGACUGGAUUUCCCCUGAAAGUUUGGAAUGAGAACUGUGGAUAACAUUUUAGAAAAGUGGUCUGUCCAAGGCAAACAAAUUACUUUUAAAUUGGACUUUCUGUGCUGUUGAUGUCCAUAGUGAUUGUUCUAAUGCAGUCCUCUUUAAUAGGAGCCUGGUAGGUUCCUGAAGGGGUCUCCCUGCCAGCAGACUGAGCAACAGGGGAGCUGAGACUUAAAAAAAUAAGAACAUCCCCACAAAGAAACUCACAGUGCACCAUGUAUUCAUGACUUUCUGGCUGAAAUUCAGGUGUCUAUUCAUGAAACGUAGCUGCUGAUGCCAGCGCCUCUGGUCUUGGAUGGGAGUAAUCUGCCUGAUUCCUGAACGUCUUAGCGUGGGUUCAGCCUGGAUGUUGGACGUCCUCGGUCCCUUGAUUCAUCUGUCGCGGUGAUGAGGCAGGACUCCUGGUGGCCUGUGUGGCUGGCUGGGCAGCAGCCCAAGGUGAUGUGAUGGGGUGCCGGAACAGCAAGGUUCUCCCUGAGCCUCCAGGGGAUGUUCAGUUGGACCUGGUCAAAAAGGUUGAUCCACAGCCUCCUCAGACAGAUAUCUACAAGCACUUCAUUCGAGGGGAUGGCACUGGAAGCAAGACUGGUGAGGCAGGUGCCAUGUCAGCUGAAAAGCCCGACCUUACAUGCACGUAUCAAGGCCAAGCUCAAGCUGCGUCUCCCACUUCAGCUUUGGCUCAGACCCCUAAGGACCCCUCCAAACUGUCGGACCCUCAGAGAAAGAAGGUGGCAAAGUAUCGAGCUAAGUUUGACCCCCGAGUCACGGCGAAGUACGAGAUAAAAGCCCUCAUAGGUCGCGGGAGUUUUAGCAGAGUUGUUCGCGUGGAGCACAAGAGCUCAAGGCAGCCGUACGCCAUCAAGAUGAUCGAAACACGUUACCGGGAGGGGAGGGAGGUGUGCGAGUCAGAGCUGUGUGUCCUGCGCCGUGUUCGUCACACCAACAUAAUCCAGCUGAUGGAGGUGUUUGAGACAGCAGAGCGCGUCUACAUGGUAAUGGAGCUGGCCACAGGAGGGGAACUGUUUGACCGCAUCAUCGCUCGCGGCUCCUUUACAGAACGAGAUGCCACACGGGUCCUGCAAAUGGUGCUGGAUGGUGUGAAGUAUCUCCACGCUUUGGGGAUCACUCACCGGGACCUGAAGCCGGAGAAUCUGCUGUACUACCACCCCGGAGCCGAUUCCAAGAUCAUCAUCACUGACUUUGGUUUGGCUAGCAGUAGGAAGAAAGGAGACGAGUGUCUGAUGAAGACCACAUGCGGUACGCCAGAAUACAUUGCCCCAGAGAUCCUGGUGAGGAAGCCCUACACGAACGCUGUGGAUAUGUGGGCGCUGGGGGUGAUCUCGUACAUCCUGCUGAGCGGAACCAUGCCUUUUGAGGACGAUAACCGCAUGAGGCUUUACCGGCAGAUCUUAAAGGGGAAGUACAGCUUCUCUGGAGAGCCCUGGCCCAGCGUGUCUAACCUGGCCAAAGACUUUGUAGAGCGGAUUCUGACUGUGGAUCCCAGCGAGAGGCUGACGGCCGGCCAGGCCCUCAAGCACCCCUGGAUCAUCAGCAUGGCAGCAUCCUCCUCUAUGAAGAACCUGCAGCGCUGCAUAUCUCAGAACCUCUUGAAGCGCGCCUCCUCACGGUGCCAGAGCACCAAGUCGGCCCAGUCCACGCGCUCCAGCCGCUCCACCAAGUCCAACAAAGCUCGCAGGGUGCGAGAGAAAGAGCUCCGCGAGCUGAACCGUCGAUAUCAGCAGCAGUAUAACGGCUGAUGGAACUGCAACGGUUGUUUGACUAUAAAAAGUGUCUUAAAAACAACUUGGACAUAAUGGUGUUAAUGGCCAAAUAAUGUAUAAAGAAUGUCGAUUUAAAACAAGCAUUCCUAACAGAAAAAAAACUCUUGAUGAAGACGAAGGUUGGAUCAUUUGGUUGUUUCUUCUCCAUCGGUUACCAGUGUCGCUAUUUAUUUAUUAUUGUGAUUAUAAAUCUCCCUUCAAACGGUCACUGGGUAAUGACCUUCCAAAUGGAUCUGUUGAACAGAGUUCUGGACACUGAUGUUUCUAAGAAGCAAAUGUGCUCUUUAAAGUAAGGAGAAACAAAUUCUCCUUUUUCUUUCUGAUUAAAAGUGCUGUGAAUUUAUUAUUGAACUCUUUGUAUAGACCUUGUGAUGUUGUCGGUAAUCAGAUUAUAGUAAAACAUAAUCACCAUCUGAAGGAUAACAUGAAGGCAUAUUUGUAGUUAGUAGUUUUAACUAAUCUGUUUUUUGGUUCCUAAGCUGUCAAAAGAUUGUGAAUCUGUUAACAUUUAAUUUUAGAUGUAUUAAACACUAAGAUGUGUCCCAACCUCCGAAUCCUCAUGCUAUGUCACUUUCAGUAUGCAAGCAUCAGCUAGUGUUUUAUAGACAAAAGAAAUUUAAACCUUCCAGGGAUGGAUGGGUUUUGUUCAUAGGUUAUCAGGGAGCCGGUCUUUCUAAGCUUGAUAAAGUCUUAAAUUGUGUUUAUGCCAUAGAAGUAAAAAUAACGGUUUUGCAGACGACAAUGUGAGAUCAGGGGUCUUUUGCAAAAUGACAACAAAAAUAUGGUGUUUUAAAGAUUAGAUUUUAGUGUAGAGAACCUUAGGGUUAAAGAUAGGGAUGUCCUGAUGACAUCAGAAAUAUGCCGAUAUUGGCCAAAGAAAAUGCAUUUUGAAAUCUA